AUGUUGUUAUCACGAUACGCGAUUGCCUCGUGGCUGGCCUCCGUAGCUUUGGCUGCCCCCAACCCUCCCGCAGCGCCAGCCGAGUGCGAGCCGAAGACGGAGACUCUCGUUCAUACGGUUCACGUACCUACCACAGUCCACGAGGUCAAGCACGAAACCGAGACUCGAGUCCACACGGUUCAUGCACCACCGGUCACGCAUACUCAGGUGGUGCAUGUCCCUACUACAGUCCACGAGGUCAAGACGGAGGUUAAGACGGAAGUCAAACAUGAGAUCAAGACCGAAGUCAAGACAGAAGUCAAACAUGUCACGGUACCAACAACAGUCAAGGAGACGGUUCAUAUCACCGCGCCGCCUCAAAUAGUCAAGGAGACCGUCCACGUCACGGCUACUGUCACGCAAGAGAAGAUCAAGACCGAGAAAGUGGUCGAGACGCAGAAAGAGGUGGCCACAAAGAUCGAGAAGGUCGUUCAUACUCAGACCGUGGCAGUGACUGCACCGCCUGUUCAUGUCACGCAAGUUGUCACGAAAGAGGUCCCCGUCGAGAAGGUUAUUACGCAUACUUUGCCGCCAGUUACCCGAGAAGUCACCAAAGAGCUGCCACCCGUCGUUCAUACCCAGACAGUGGCAGUGACUGAGACGCAGAAGGAGACGAUACCAGUCACCCACGUCCAAACUCAGAUUCAUACUCAGACCGCCGUACAGACCGUCGUUCACACCGCGCCACCUCUUGUUCAUACAAUUACCACGGAGCGCGUUGUUUCGAUGCCGGUCACGGUUCCGGUCCACGUUACCCAGACUCUCACUCAAACCCACGUGGUGACCUCGGUUCACCAGGUCCCCGUCGAAAAGAUCAUUACCCAAGUCGCUACAGUCACGAGCGUCAAUCACGUAACUCUGCCACCCCAGAUUGUCAAGGAAACUCUUCAUGUUACCUUGCCGCCCCAGGUGGUCACGAGUGUCAACCAUGUUACUCUCCCGCCCCAGGUGGUGAAGGAGACUCUACACGUCACCUUACCGCCCCAAACCGUCACAAGAGAGCUGCCGCCGGUUGAGAAGAUUAUUACCCAUGCGGUCACAGUCACCAGCGUCAACCACGUCACUCUACCUCCCCAGAUUGUCAAGGAGACUCUGCACGUAACUCUGCCGCCUCAGGUUGUUACUAAGGAGCUGCCUGUCGAGAAGAUUAUCACACACACGGCCACAGUCACCAACCAUCUCACGGCACCUCCCCAGAUCGUCAAGGAGACUCUUCAUGUCACCUUGCCGCCGCAAACCAUCACAAAGGAGCUCCCCGUUGAGAAGAUCAUCACCCACGUGGCGACUGUGGUCCAGACUCAGCACCAGGUCUCGACUGUCACAGCCCACAUCACCCUCCCGCCUCACGUCGUCAAGGAGACUCAGACGGUUCAUCAGCAAGUCCCGGUCCACAUCACGCAAGUCGUCAGUCACUGCGCAACAACCGUGACCGCGGGCGCUGGACACGUGGUAUCCCCUCCCCCGGCCGCUCAUCCCAUGCCGCCCCCGGCCCACGAGGCACCGCCGCCGGCACAUACCAUGGCACCCCCUCCUCCUGUACACACACCUCCGGCAGCAGUCCAUCCCGCUCCGGUAGCGCCUCCGGCUCACGAGAUGCCCCCGGCUCACUCGGCGCCUCCGGUUCACACGAUGGCUCCUCCCGCGCACACCAUGGCUCCCCCCGUACAUACAAUGGCUCCUCCCGUACACACGAUGGCUCCUCCUGCACACACGAUGGCUCCCCCGCCAGCUGAGCACACACCUCCUGCCGCAGCCCCCCCUGCAGCGCCCGCUCACCAGAUGCCCCCGGUCGCCGAGGCCCCUCCGGCGGAGGCCAUGCCUGCUCAUCCCCCAGCGGCUGCGCCAGUCGCUCCUCCCACUCACGAGAUGCCGGCUGCCCCUCCAGCUCACCAAGCACCUCCCGCAGAAGCACCGGCAGAGAAGCCUGCGGAGAAGCCAGAGGAGAAACCUGCCGAGCAGCCCGCUGAGAAGCCUGCUGAGGCCGAGAAGCCUGCCGAAGCAGAGAAGCCCAAGAUGAGAUUCAUGAGAAGGUUUUAA